AUGCCAAGUGAGAACUCAGCGCGUCCACUGGGAUUCCCAGUCGCAGACCCAUCAGCUGCACCUCGUCCAGGCCGGGUCAUUCUCAAAGGUCGAACAGUGACUUUGGAACCACUCCAGGCCUCGCAUGCAGAGGAACUAUUUCCACUCAUCGGCGGCGAGGAGCAUCACUGGCUCUGGGAUUACAUGACCACCGGACCCCCAGCAGACAUUAAACAACUGCGGUGUUUAUUAGCCGGAUACGAGAAAUCAGAAGACCCCUUCUUUUGGACCAUCAAAGUUAAAGCGGCAAAAGACGAUGACUAUACACCGGUGGGAUACAUAAGUUUCUUAAACAUCGUUCCUGCGAACCGCUCCAUCGAAGUAGGCCAUGUCAUGUACUCCUCCGCCCUGCAGCGGACCACGCCUGCCACAGAAGUCUUCUACCUUUUGGCCCGCUAUGCGUUUCGUGACCUUGGCUAUCGGCGGCUGGAGUGGAAAUGUAACAACCUGAAUGAGCCAUCGAAAAAAGCUGCUCUUCGAUAUGGGUUUUCUUUUGAGGGUCUGUUCCGGCAUCAUCAGAUCGUCAGGGGCCGGAAUAGAGACACAGCGUGGUUUUCCACACUGCAUUGUGAGUGGGUUGGAGGGGAAGGGAAGAGAGGGUAUGAGGCAGCUUUUGAGCAAUGGUUAGACGCUGGUAACUUUGAUGAGCACGGGAAGCAGACGGCGAAGCUUGAGGAAUUUAUCAAAAAUGCGAAGUAG